AUGCAGCCUCUAUUGGGUUGCUACCUGACUAUUACCCUAAUUUUGUCACUCUUUUCAAACGGUGCUACCGCGACCUACUCGAAAACGCCAAAGUAUCCCGAUCUCUAUGAAGCAUCGAUUGUUGAAUUGCAAUAUGGCCUAGAGAGGUGUCAAUUUUCUAGCGUUGAUCUGGUCAAAGCAUACUUAGCACGUAUCGAGGAGGUCAAUCUCAAGGGGCCUAAGCUCCGUGCCGUCAUCGAAAUAAACCCCAAGGCGAUACAGCAAGCCGCUUCGCUCGACAACGAGCGCAAGAAGGGAAGGAAACGUUCGCCGUUGCAUGGUAUCCCAAUCUUGCUCAAGGACAAUAUUGCGAGUGAAGGAAUGAACAACACUGCUGGCUCCUAUGCCUUAUUAGGUUCCACUUUUCCAGGAGAUGCGACCGUUGCUGAUAAACUUCGCAAGGCGGGAGCGAUUAUCUUAGGAAAAGCUAAUCUGUCAGAGUGGAUGCACUUUCGAGACCUUUUUAUUGCUCAAGGCUGGUCAGCUCGUGGCGGACAGGGAACCAACCCGUAUUAUCCCGGCGCCGACCCUUGUGGCUCCUCUUCCGGAAGCGCCGUGGCUACAGCUAUUGGACUAGCCACUGCGUCAUUAGGAACAGAGACAGUGGGGAGUCUUAUCUGUCCGUCUAGUUAUAACAACGUGGUUGGGAUCAAGCCUACGGUAGGGCUAACCUCGAGGACUGGUGUGAUUCCUGUCUCAUCUCGCCAAGAUACCAUUGGCCCGAUUGCCAGGAACGUUGCAGAUGCUGCUGCUAUCCUGACUGUUAUUGCUGGGCGCGACAAAAAGGAUAACUAUACCCAAACUGCUCCCAAGAAGACCCUCGACUACACGCAAUUUCUGAACCGGGCCGCGAUAAAAGGGAAACGAUUUGGUGUUCCGCGAGACAUAUUCACUAACGACGCGGUUACCGGAAAUAAUCCAGCCAUUAACGCCGAAUUUGUCAAGGCACUGGAUACAAUUCGUUCUUUGGGUGGUAUUGUUGUGGACCCUGUCGAAUCUUCAUUGGGUAGUUCCUUCGAUUCUCUACAGAACAGUAUGGCAUCUGUACUUGCUGUAGACUUCAAGAUUGAGAUCAACAAGUACUUGAAUAGUUUGAAAUCCAUUCCGACAGGUGUGACCUCCCUGGCAAAACUCAUCGCUUUUAAUGAUGCGUGCAAGGAACUGGAACAGCCCUCAGGGUACGAAGGCCAAAACAUUUUCCUUGCAUCGAACAUGACCUCGGGCUACGACUCGGCCUAUUACGAUGCACUCCGCACGAAUCUUGCUCAAACACGCGAGCAAGGCAUCGACGCAAUGCUCAAGUCCUACAAGCUAGACGCGCUUGUAGUUCCCAGCAACGGCCCAAUGAUCAUUCCAGCAGCGAUUGCCGGAUAUCCAAUGAUCACAGUUCCUCUGGGGUUCCAUCCAAAUGAUACGACUGUUGUCCCAUCAAGCGCUGGACCUAACACAGUGUUCCCAGCCCCGGGCGUACCAUUUGGCCUAUCUUUUGUAGGGACAGCUUAUUCUGAGCCAAGUCUGAUUGGGUUCGCUUAUGCGUACGAGCAACGCACGCAAACCCGGUUGAAACGUCGCGCAUAUACCCAGGCGGUCCCGACCACCCAGCUCGAGGAUAUCAUCCGUUGA